UACUCAUACGUGUCGUUUUCUUGUGUCGCUCUCGACGUGUUCAUUUUGUUUUCUUUGGCAAAAAAGCAAAACCAAAAUAGUCCUAAAAAGAUGGCCCCACCACAAAGGAUGCGUGUCGCCAAUGAAAAGGCUAGCAAAUACGUGACCAUGCGAGGCAACGUACCAAAGUCAUCGAAAUCCAAAGAUAACCAAUACCCUGUUGGACCUUGGCUUUUGGCAUUGUUUAUUUUCGUGGUUUGCGGUUCUGCUAUUUUUCAAAUAAUCCAGUCUAUUCGAGCAGCGUAAAACUAUAAACAACAACUAAAAUAGAUCUUUAAUUUUAAAUGCAAUGAAUAUUCUUCCGAAAUCCAAUCAUAUAUAAUUGCCAUAGUUUUAAAAAGUUAAAUGAUUUCAAAUAAUAGUUUAUUUAAUGUGCUUGAAGUCUGAAAUGAUUUAUUUAUAUGUUGAAAAUUAUAAGCAUUGAGGAAUUAAAUGCACCGACUUAAUAUUUCAGCAGUUAAAAUGUAUAAAUUUAUUUUCGAAAGCAUUCCUUUUUGGUGAUUAUUGUGAUUGGUUGGUUUUUCUCGAGCAACAUAUUGUACUAUAAGCUCGGUAUUUAAGAUACAACUUAAAAAUUAAAUUGAUUUACGUAAUUUUGUAUAGAAAUGGUAAUAUAUUAAUUUUUUACUUCUUACAAACGAAAAAAUGGUUUUUUAUUUUAUGGACUGAAAUGUAUCAAUUUGUUUAAGUUAAUAUAAUUGUUUUCAAAUAUGCAGGUAAUAGCAGUGAUAGUUGUCCUAUGCGAUGCAGACGUUAACUAUUAUGUUUUCGAAUACUGUUUCAAUAGACGUUAUAUAUGUCUGUUGUACCAGGUUGCUAAAACCGUUGGAUUAUGUCAAUGAAGUCAUGUAAAAAAAAUGCCAACCUUUGAGUGGCAAAAUGUUUAUUUAGUUAAAUUUUUGCAAUAAUCAUAUAAAAUAUUCAGUUCGAAUUACAUAACUCAAAGUUUGUUUAGAAUUUGAAACAAUACUAUUUGUAGUCGAACAUCACAAUUAAUUACUCAUGUCGUGGAAAAAUUAUUCUUAGUAAUUGUAUAUUUCAUAAAGAUAAAUAUUUUGUAAAAACUAUUUAAAUAACAAGUUAUGUUAAGAAUCUUUUCUGCAAGAGUGAAAACAACAAAAACCAUUUUGUUAAAGUUUCAAUGAAUUUCUUCAGAUCGAUGGAGUAAUCAUGACUUUCUGGGAUAAAAUCGCUUUGUUCAAAAUCGAUAUCGAUAAAAGUCAUAUCGUUUUAAAUCAAUUUAAAGCUCUGAACGACACGACUGCAUGACAGCGAUUUUUUAUCUGCAAAUGUCGUCUUUAAACCAGCUUUUAAAACAAAUUGAAGAUGCCAGGCAGCGACAUAUCAAGCAGCUGAUGUACUGAAACUUUUCACUUGAAAGAAAUUCAAAGAUUUUCUUCAAAGCGAAAUAUUUUGUGUUAAUAAUAAUAAUUUAUUAAUAUAUCUUGAAUAUGAUAUCGGCAAAAUUAAAAAUGGUUUUAAUUUAACGACAGCGACAACUUCAAGCUAACUGUUCCCAUAAAUCGUGUGUAUUUUAAUUUUUGACAGCUGCUGCAUGUCGCUCAAUGUGUUCCAUACAUAAAACUAAAAGCAAAUAACAGCUGAUCUUAUAUACAUUUCUUGCAAUCACUGUCAUAGGCAUCGUCUUUAAUCCAACCAAACAGAAAGUAUCCAACUGUAAGACCUAACAGAAUUGAUAGGCACAACCAGUAAUUGAAACUCAUAAAUAUCAACAUAAGUAGCAUAGAUAAUGUAACUUGAAAUAAGAACAAUAAGAUAUCUUUUCAAGUUCCCUACGAAGGAGGAACUGUCGCAAAAACUUGACACCUUCAUAUAAGAAUGCCAAAAGGAAAAUAGCAAUCGCAGACAAUGAAAAUUCUAAAAUUGUCGUUGCGGACCAAGCCUUCCAGAGAAUUUGCUCGCAAUGCCCACCAUGAAACUGAAAAUAAGCCAGCAAAUAAGCAUUGUAGUAUUACACAAAUCAUUUCAACUUACGAGCAUCAUAUGCGGACAAGAAAUUUCCAUCUUAUCGCCACCAUGGCCGUGAUGACCUUCGGACAUCCUAAGUAUACUCCUUGCUCUCAAUGUAGAUAAAUAAAAUUCAAUAUUUUUGAUUAAA